CCCCACUGCAUCCAAGAAGUCAAAUCCACAUGGAAGCUUCUAUGGAAUUUGUUUUUUCAAAUCUAUGAUUUGACUAAUCUUGCUUUAUCAGGUCUAGUCUUCCAAACCCUCAAAUAAGCAGUGCUAGUGAUUCUGAUCAAUUUCAAUCAAACCAAACCAUUGUGCAUCAAAGUCCAAUUCUCACAAUGGUCAAUCCAUUCAUUUGUGGCAGUGGCAACUUCCAUAAUCAUCAAGAAGAUGAAGAUGAUGAGCCUUGUAGUCCGUGUUCAACACCAAGAAAAUCAAGAAAGAGCAGGUUAUGCAAAUGUAACAGAAGCAGAGAUGACAAAAAUCCGUAUGCCAAUCGCGGGCUCGACAAGUUUUCUGCUCUUGUGGCUGAGCUUGAAGACAAGAGGCAGAGGCUCUUCACCCAAAUGGGCUCAGAGGACAUCUCUUUCGUUCGCUUUGAGUACUCAAACUCCAAUGAUUGCAAGCCGAUUGUGGUGAAGCACAGAGGCAAAAAGCAAGAGAAAAUCAAUAGAAUAGUUGUUGUUGACAGCAAAAAGGAUGAGUCUAUGACACAUAAUUCAAAGGCCUCCUCAAUCUCCCCGAAUGAAGUCCAACAACCGCGAAACGAAUCAUUGGGUGAUGAUCGAAAGACUGAGAAGAAGAAGAUGAAGAAGAGAGAUUCAGAGAACAUGAAGGUCUUGGAUUUGUGGAGGCCUUAUGAUUACUUGAUGGCGAUUGUGAUCUUGAUUUUGUUGUUGUUGGCAGUGUUUGGGAAAUCAUUUGCUAUAUUGUGCACGUCUCUUGGAUUGUACUUUGUUCCUAACAUCAAGGGAGAGGGUUCAUCAAAUGCCAAAAGGCCAAUGAAGAGGAAAGAGUAUGCAAGAAGGGUAAGUGACAAGAAAAUGAUCAGUUAUUCAUUAUCUUUUCCUAGAAGUGUUUAAGUGAUGGAUUGUCAUCUCCUAAAUUUGUUAAUAUCACCAGCCAGAGCAUGAUUUUAAAUGGCAGGGGUAUCACUGAAUAUCGAUAUCCAAAAUUCAAAAUUAUGAUAUGUGUCAGUUGAUAUUUAAAACCUUAAACUGGAGCCAUGAACAUGUCAGCCUCGACAACAACCGCGGUCAUUGAAGAAAGAGAAUAGUUCUUUUUUUCUUCUUUUUUUUUGGGUGAUUGCUUCUGUUCAUCAAUAUGUAAAUAACAUGGGGCUGAAUUAGGAUAGAAAAGCAGUUCAUCUCAAAUUUCAGCUUUCAAUUGUAUUGGUGUUUUUGUAAUGGCAGUUGAAUUACUUUGAUCUUCCAGUGAUUAACAAUAGGAAACCAGGUCAACGAUAAAAUGGCCAAAGCCUGUCCCAAA